AGCAUUCGUCUCUGUAAGCGCAAGCAAGUGAAGCAACAACUGUGAGGCCAGACGAAUGAAGUCCGCUUUAUUCACUAUUGGCAAUUUCACAACCCCACAGAAAAAGUAGGACAUACUGGACUGAAGCUAAGUACUGCCUUUCAACAUUAGGGUGCUUACUAACAUGAUUGGAUACAGUUGAUAUGUAACACCGGUACAGCUUUUGGAUGAGGAGAAGCUUCCCAGACAGUGUCAAGCUGAGUAAGAGCAACUUCUUUUCUUCUCAAUGAGGAUGUUAUGUUUAUCUAUGGUCUUUCGGGGCCCCACCGUUGACUUCAAGGCAGCAUGACAAUAUAAUUAUUCACAGACAGAAACACAAGAGGUCAACUUUAAAGCUGAGGAUGAGUCUGAAAUGGAAUACUUGUUCUAUCCUCGCUAUGUGUGUGCAUAUCGUCCAGGGCUUAUCGGUACACUUCAAAAAUCCACAUCCAUUCUAUGUUGCUCUGGGCAGGGAGCUAGUACUGGAGGCUUCCAUUGAGAAGACACUUCCUGUUGAAAAGAUCUUCAUGGUAGCGUGGGAGUGCAAUACUGCCUCAGGGUCUAGGAGACUGGCAACCUGGCAGAGCGACGCCGGUAAAACACAAGAAGCCAGAAUCAGCAUAGAGAACGGAGGAACUACUCUGAAGAUCUCUGGUGUUCAGGAGUCUGACUUUGGUCGGUACACCAUCACUGUCACUGACCAAGACGGGACACAGACAUUAACAGAAAAAGAAGUUAGCAAAAGCGAGAAACCUCCAGAGGCCUCUGUUGAACUCCGGUGUGAUGUGUCUGGUGAGAGAGCCCAUUGGGACAGUCCUGUGGUCACAUGGCUGAUUGACGGUGUGGAGGUGACCAAUCAGACGGCUAAUGUAUCUGAUGGAGGAAGCAGACUCCACCUUCAGGAGGUAACGGGCCAUAACUACACCUGCAUCAGUAACAGCAGCUUGGGAACCAGUGUGGCUCAAUUCAUCAUACCAGAUUCUUCAGAGUUUAACAAAGCUGGUUCAUUAUGCGAUGCCGCAAAAGCCGCAAUUGUCUUAUGGGUUGUCUUGGUUAUUGCGCUGAUUGUAAUAGGGAUAUUCUAUCUGAAGAGAAAAAAUGACAAGGGUCGAUACAACAGUGCACCAUCCUAGGGUCUCUGUUUACCUCAGGCCACAGUUGUGACUAAUAUGAAUGGACUGUGGCCCGUGCAGCACCGUACCACGUUUGGACUCGCAGUGCUCAUGGGAACCCAAGUUUGAUUCUGGCCUGAGGUCAUGUUCCGAUCCCAGCCAAUCUGUUAAUUUGAAUGAUGACCACCAACUCAUUCGAAUGUCACUCGGCAACCAUAAGAUGACAUCAGAAAAAUGUGCAGUGGUCUGCAGUGUAAAUGUACAUCUUCAGUUAUGUCCUCAGUCUUUUUCACUGAAUUACAAUUGUGUGAUGUCAGAAUGUGUGUUUAUGCAUAUGAUAAUUAUGGGAAAAGGUAAUCAAUUUAUUUAUUCACUUAUUCACUUUAUUCACUUAUUCGGUUGGAGCCCAGGAAGGAAGUAAUUCUCAAAAACAGUAUUCAAGUAUUUGUUUACGUUUUAAGACCCAGACAUUUUCACAUCUCAGAAACUGUUCACCAGCAUUUCAUUUAAUGUGAAACCUUGUUUUUAAUCUACAGGCCGGUGCAAUUCUGUUAUUUCUGUUACUAUAAAAGUCUGUUACUUCUGUAGAAGGACACAAAUAUGCCAUUCAUACAGGGAAUUUUGUUUACCUUGUGGCUACACUAUAUUGACUUCCAAGAUAGCUUUGGCACUGACCAAAAACAAUUGACCAUUUCAGAAAAUAGCAGUAUCAGUUGUGUAAUUUGCAUGUUUUCAUUUUUUAAAUCCUUGAAGUAUAACAAACCUGGUCCACCAUACUGCACUGAUCUAA